AUGAUUGAAGCGAUCGCGAGAGAUACGAAGAGUUCGGAAGCUAUUAUUUCUGAUUUCCGAACAUACGAAGAUAUAUUUCGUUGUUUCGACAAGCCAGCAAUUUUCUUCGUAAUGCUGCAAAGUGGUUUUGGAGAAGACGUGGUCAAGAAGUUUUCACAUUUGCUGAUUCAAAAAUACGCUUAUGGCAAUGCGGGUGUGGUAGAAUGGCACGAUUUGAUUGUUGAAGCUGCACAGAACAAAUUGGCAGGUCAAUUCUUCAACCAGUAUUUCACUGAACCCGGUGUUCCACUCGUUCGAGUCGCAUACCAACCAGACGGAGUACUUCUGAAACAAGAAACCAUUGUUGCGGCCAAAAAAGCGAAUAAUACCUCAUCGCUGGUUAUACCAUUGGAGCUGCAAACAGAUCAAGUCAAAGAGGCAAAACAGAUUCUGUUUACUGCAAAAGAGGAGACUUUUGCACUGAAGCACAACGGCAUGGUGGUGGUUGACCCUCAUCGAAAGACAUACGCUGUCGUCGUUUAUGAGGCUCAAAUCUAUAGCCGUUUGCUGCAAUGCGCACAAACCAAUGCAUGCGCUGUUGUGAACUCGCAGAAUAUGCGUUACAUAGCUGAAGACUUCUGCUGGACGUUCCUGAAUGAUUUAAUUGAGGUGAAUGAUGAGAUGCCAACGGAUCAAGUCAAAGUUUGGUCUGAAUUCAUGCGAUUGCUAUCGCUAACACCAUACGUUAAAGGAUCGUGUGCGUGUUGUCUGGAUAAGAAUCUGACGAAGUCUUUCAAUGUUCCCUGUAAGUGGCAUUGGAAGGAUCGUUGUGAGCACAUACGACUCGUUCGCAAAGUUCAAUCUUUUCGCAAUAACAAUAUCUGA